UACAUUUUCUCAGGCACAUUUGCCACCCAUUUGAUACCAUCCCUUAUUGUUUAGCCAAGAACUUCAGGAAGAUGGACAAGAUGGUGAAGCUGACAUGCGUGCAGCUGCUCAUGGUGGCCUUCCAGGCUACGCUCAUCACCAUGUCAUCUGCAGAAUUGCCGUACGAUUUCUACAGCUCGUCAUGCCCGAAGGCCGAGGAAACAAUCAAGAAUGUCGUCUACAACUUGACCGACGCCAACCCAAGUAUUGCUGCGGCCUUAAUUCGCCUGCACUUCCACGAUUGCUUUGUCAUGGGUUGUGAUGCCUCCAUCCUUCUGAACUCCUCGAACGCCAACCCCCAGCCGGAAAAGUCAGCCAUUCCCCUAGCUGGGUAUGAGGCCGUCGACAAGAUCAAGGCAGCCGUCGAGGCCGUGUGUCCUUUGACGGUCUCCUGCGCCGACGUCCUUGCCUUCGCCGCACGCGACUCCGUCAGUAAAUCCGCCGGCUUCUCCUACCACGUCCGCUCCGGGAGGCGCGACGGCAACGUGUCGAAAGCCUCCUCUGUCUUCACGAACAUGCCGUCGCCUUUCUUCGGAAUCGAGGACCUCGUCGGCAGCUUCACCCGCAAGGGGCUUAAUGUCGACGACCUCGUGGCUCUCUCCGGCGCGCACUCCAUCGGUGUGGCGCAUUGCUCCGGGUUCACUAACCGGCUGUACCCCGAGGUGGACCCGACGAUGGACGCUGCAUACGCCACGGACCUAAAGAAGACGUGCCCAGCGCCGGUGAGUGGUGCGCCGGACCCGGUGGUGAACAACAGCGCAGUGGCGCCGACAACGCUGAGCAAUCAGUUCUUCAAGAACGCUGUCGCUAGGCGAGUGUUGUUCACGUCGGACGCGGCGCUGCUCACCCGCAACGACACUGCGGCGAAGGUGCAAGAAAACGCUGGCGACUCCUUGUUGUGGAAGGUGCGGUUUGCGGCAUCGAUGGUCAAGAUGGGAAACAUCGAGGUGCUUACAGGGACGAAUGGGCAGGUCAGGAAGUUCUGUGGUGCCAUAAACAGCUAAAUUGUUAAGACACACUUAGAUCUAGUGAUUUUUCUUUUGUGCCUCAUUUUGCACUACAUUCAAGAUUUCUCCUUGUGGCAGCCGGCCAGUUACUGUGGUAUUUUGAUUAGACGAUUCACAUGUAAAACUACUUUUCUGGUUUUUUGUAACCUCAAGAACGAAUUUUUAAUUGGCUA